UUGUUUAUGCGUUACGUUUCAGUCCCACCCUCCUCCUCCAUGAACUGCAUCUCCCACAAUCCUCCGCGAUGCGCCUUCCUACAAAUAUGGCAGAACCCUGGAGUUUUCUACCCUGAAAGUGACCGGGGAUGGGGUUGGGAGGAUAAAAAGUUAAUAUUGCAUUUGUGCUUGUUGUGAACUAAAAAGGUAAUGGAGUUCCACCAUGCCCAGUCCACCCCACUCUCAUCGUGCCACACAAGGACACAAACUGUUUCACAAAUAGAUAUGGAAACUCCACAACAAUAUGAGGAAUGUUCUGUGGGUUGCAGUCUCCACUCCUCUCAAAGCCUUGAGGACCCUGUUUGUAUGGACCCAACAGGUAGGGCACCCCCUCGUGUGGAAAGCUGUCCUGAUAUGGACACUAGACCACCUCUCACUCCAGAGCUGUACAUUAUGGAUCUGGAUGGAGAGGAGCCAGGAGAGGGCUUUCAUAUGCAGGAGCUUCUAAGUGAGUUAACAACUUUGGCAGAACCAUUAGAGACAAGACCCAACCUAGAGACUCUCAAUGAAACAUCAAACAAUCCACUGGAAGAACAACAAGAAGCUGAGUGUGAGCCGUGUCCUUUGCAUAUAGCUAUGGGAAAAGGACUGCCACAGAAACCACGGCGGGUAUCCGAAUCAGAGAUAAUGCUGUCAAACAGUAGAGGUCUCUUUCUUACAGAUGCCGGCUCAGAAGAAUUAUUGCACUUAUUUCAGCAUGAAGAAGGAGUGCUGGCAGAUGUAGGUUCAGCCGUACCUUUGGCUAGGUUGGAAGAACUGCCCAAGAACAAAUCAUCUGUUUCCUGUUCCUUGCAGGAAGCUGGAGAGAAAAGCUUGGAAGAGGAAAAACAGAACUCCUCUUCUUAUGCCUCAAACUUAUGUAGAGAGGACUCAUUUAGCAGUUUGGAAGAGUUUCCAGAUGUAGAGACCCUGGAUACACCAUCGACUACCGCCUCAGUAGCAAAAGUGCCUGGCCCUUGUGAUCCGGAGGAUCUUCAAGACGGUGUGAUAUUUGGUGCACAGUAUCUGGGGUCCACCCAAUUGCCAGGUGAAAAACACCCUGUGGCCAGCACACGCAUGAGGCAGGCUCAGGAAGCAGUAGAUAGGAUUAAGGCACCAGAUGGUGAAUCACAACCAAUGACAGAGGUCGAUAUUAUGGUGUCAACAAGAAGAGUUAAAGUUCUUUCUGCAGAUACUCAGGAGUCCUUGAUGGACCAUCCUCUGCAUACAAUCUCCUAUACAGCCGACAUUGGCAGUACUGUAGUCCUUAUGGCACGCAGGAAAAUUCCCCGUGCACAAGACUCUCCAACCCAGAAGAAGCCCAACAGAAUACUUUGCCAUGUUUUUCAGUCUGAUGAUGCUCGGCUCAUUGCUCAAGCUAUUGGUCAAGCUUUCGGUCUGGCCUAUCAAAACUUUCUGCAGUCAGAGAGGGUUGGCCCUGGUCAAAGGGAGGAACACCUGUAUAAUGCAGAUUUGCCUCACUUCAGUAAAAGUGACAACUGCAGGGAGGUGUGUAUCCAAAAGCAGCGGGGCGAAAUGCUUGGCAUAGCCGUGGUUGAAUCUGGAUGGGGAUCCUUGCUGCCUACUGUGGUUAUAGCCAACCUAAUGCAUGGAGGUCCUGCUGAACGAAGUGGAGAUCUGAGCAUUGGAGAUCAUGUGACUAGUGUAAAUGGCACCAGCCUGGUAGGGCUUCCCUUUUCAACAUGCCAAGGCCUAAUCCGGGACCUAAAGGGGCAAAGCGAAGUCAUUCUGAGUAUUGUUCGCUGCCCUCCAGUGAUCACUGCCAUUAUUCAGAGACCCAGUGUUAGCCAUCAGUUAGGCUUUUGUGUUGAAGAUGGAGUGAUAUGUAGCCUGGUGCGUGGUGGCAUUGCAGAGCGUGGAGGUAUCAGAGUGGGUCAUCGAAUCAUUGAAAUAAAUGGACAAAGUGUUGUGGCAACAGCUCAUGAGAAGAUCAUCCAGACUUUGAUGGAUGCUACUGGGGAGGUCCAUAUAAAAACUAUGCCAGCAUCUACAUACCGGCUUCUUACAGGACAGGAGAUCCCAGUCUACUUAUGAGAAGAUUAGCUUUUUGUGUCUACACACUCUGCUGCAUUUGUGAUGCCCAGGAAGAUAUGUGGAUAUCUUUAUUUUUUAUAGCCUACUUUGUCUAGAUGCCCACAUGAAUUGUGUUCAAAGCACAAAUAUGCUAUAAACAUACAAUAUCUUUGUGAAUAUCAUGUUUGUAGAACUCCAGGAGCUCAUUUUCUUCAAGUGGUUCAGUGUAUCAUGUGAGGUUGCAAAAGAUUGACUGAAUGCUUCUUCAGUUUCUGUAUGUGGGCACCUCUUCUUAUCAAGGGCACAGUGCAAUAAGGAAAUAUGUAUAGAAUAUCUUAUGUCUUACCACAUCUUGUUCAUUCACUUUCUGCCUAGAAGACAUUGAAGUCCCUCUCUAAAGGUUUAUUGUGAAAUCAUCUUUAUAAUGCAUUUGUAUAAUCGGCAAUGAAGAUGGAAAAUCCCUAACAAAAAUGGACUUUUUAAAAUGCAGUGGGGUAUUUUUCAUUGGUAUAAUUGGCAACUACAUUUUACAAUAAACUUUUGGUAUGUUGUAUAUGGA